GACGAGCCGAGAGGAGAGGAGACGGAGAUUGCAACGAAGCCAGGAGAGAGCGGUUCGAGGAUGCCGGAACUCCCGGAGGUGGAGGCGGCGCGGCGGGCGAUCGAGGAGCACUGCACCGGGAAAAAGAUCGCCGCCUGUUCAGUCGCAGACGACCUCAAGGUCAUCGAGGGCGUCUCCCGCUCCGACCUCGAGGCGGCCCUCUUCGGCAAGACCAUCCUCGCCGCCCUCCGCAAGGGCAAGAAUCUCUGGCUCCGCCUUGAUUCUCCGCCCUUCCCCACCUUCCAGUUCGGAAUGGCGGGUGCCGUUUACAUCAAGGGCGUCGCAGUAACGAAGUACAAGAGGUCUGCGGUGAGCGAUACCGAUGAAUGGCCUUCAAAGCACUCGAAGGUGUUCAUUGAACUAGAUGAUGGGCUGGAGUUUUCUUUUACUGAUAAGAGACGUUUUGCCCGAGUUCGGUUGCUUGAAGAUCCAGAAUCUGUACCUCCAAUUUCUGAGCUAGGGCCAGAUGCUCUAUUAGAGCUUAUGCCAGUUGGUGACUUUGUGGAGUCACUUAGCAAAAAGAAGACUGCAAUAAAGGCUCUUUUACUGGAUCAGAGCUAUAUUUCAGGUAUUGGUAACUGGAUCGCUGAUGAGGUGCUUUACCAGGCCAAGAUUCAUCCUCUUCAAAUUGCUUCAAGCUUGUCAAAAGAGUGCUGUGAGUCACUGCACAGAUGCAUCAGAGAGGUUAUUGAAUAUGCUGUUGAAGUUGAUGCUGACUCCAAUCGUUUCCCGAAAGAAUGGUUGUUUCAUUUUCGAUGGGGGAAAAGGCCUGGCAAGGUCAAUGGAAUGAAGAUCGAAUUUAUCACAGCUGCUGGCAGAACUUCAGCCUAUGUGCCAGAAUUACAGAAUUUAACUGGAAACCAGUCGGAAAAGGUUUCAAGAAAGAAAUCAACAAAUGUCAUGUCCAAAAAAAAUGUGGAUGCAGAAGAAUCACCAAGCGAGAAAGAGGAAACUUAUGAAACUUCGAAGAAAAAUGAGACCGCUGAGGAUAACAAAGGACGGGAAAAGAAAACCAGUGAGACUGAGAAUGACAGAAUUUCAAGUAAAGGAAUGGCAAAGAAACAUGUUGCAGUAGCAAAAAGCUCAUUGCGGAAAAGAUCAAAAUCUAGUCAAGCCGACUUAUAACAGAAAGAUUAGGCACUUUCAUGAUGUUUUACACUGAAGAAGCAUGAGACUGCGAGCUGUUUUAUGCAGUAUUUAUGUUCCUUGUGUUCUUAUCGUGUUUGCCAAUGUAGGUUUGCUAGUGUUGGCGCCAGGCGAUUAAACUCUAGCACUUGUAUGUAAGGUUAAACCUUCCAUGAAGGAAGCUGGCCCCAUGGGUUUUUGUUGCA